AGGCUAUGCUAGCUGAGCAGCUAGCAUCUUCCCUCAGUGUAAUUAGUUGAGACGCACCGGCUCCAUCCACAUCACGGUGCUGUUAGGACCGAACCGACCCCCCUUAAACUCACUCACGACACAGACAGAGCGCGCCCAGCAAGGGGACACAAAGUACAGGCUUCACAUUAUCAAUAACUGAAGAUGAUUAAGCUCUUUUCCCUGAAGCAGCAGAAGAAAGACGAGGAAUCUGCUGGAGGAAACAGACCAGGAGCCGGGGGGAAGAAAGCCAGCGCGGCCCAGCUCCGAAUACAGAAAGAUAUCAAUGAGUUGAACCUGCCAAAGACGUGUGAGAUCAACUUUCCUGAUGACGAUGACCUCCUCAACUUCAGACUCAUCAUCUCACCAGACGAGGGCUUUUACAAAGGAGGAAAAUUUGUCUUCAGCUUUAAGGUAGGACAGGGUUACCCCCAUGAUCCCCCCAAGGUAAAGUGUGAGACGAUGGUGUAUCACCCCAACAUCGACCUGGAAGGAAACGUCUGCCUAAAUAUCUUAAGAGAGGACUGGAAGCCUGUGUUGACAAUAAACUCCAUCAUCUAUGGUCUACAGUAUCUAUUUCUAGAGCCUAACCCAGAGGACCCGUUGAACAAGGAGGCAGCAGAAGUCCUGCAGACGAACCGACGGCUGUUUGAGCAGAACGUCCAUCGCUCUCUGAGGGGUGGCUAUGUCGGCGCCACCUACUUCGAGAGGUGUCUUAAAUAACUCGGCGUCCCAUAAUCCUCAAGACUCCCCCUCCCUUUCCCCCUUACACCCUCCCCCUCUGCCUCACCAACUCUCCUCCUCCUCCUCCUCCUCCUCCUCCUCCUCCAUCCCUUUUUUCCUCCUCAGCCCUGCUCGUUGGCAGGAGCAGGAGCUGUGGCCGCAGAAAGCAGCACGCCAGAAGACGCUUUUCUGUUUAAAAUCAAAAGAUGAAGACGAAGAAACCCAGCCCUCCUUUCUUCCUUCACCUCCCCCUUCUCCUCCUCUCUCCUCCUCCUAGUUUUCUCUCUGUUUUACUUCCAAGAUGCAUCAUUCGACAGUUUACACACCACGGGGAGGGACGCUGACACAUGACACACAGAAACUGGACUUGAAAAGAUGGCCGACAGUAAGCAGCAGUCGACGGUGAUGAUGAUGGACGGGGGGGGGGGGGCAGGGGGAGGAAGUGCGGAGAAAGGUGUGGGUGGUCAGUGAAUGUCACUCGGAUGCAUUAGUGAUUCAGAGAACGCCAUUACACUGAUGAUGAGAAUGAUGAUGAUGAUGAUAGCCACAUGAUUUUCUUUUAUUUUUUAUUUUGUGUGUGUGUGUGUGUGUGUGGCGCUGACGCCUGGGUCACACAGGUAGUCAGAAGAACACGUCCCCUCCCCCUCGUGACAUGGCAGCAAACUCCAAAUUCAUUAACUUUGUUGUUGACGAAGAAUGCGAGGGAUUCGCCCUGGAUUUUUUUAUGCAGGGCAUUUCCAGCUAUCCUUAACAGGGGGGGGGGGGGGGUUGCAGUGGGUGGGGCUUGUUGAAGAAGGAGGAGCUUGUGAGACAGAAAAGGGGGAGGCACAUUUCACAAAGAGAGGAACAUAUGUGAAAGAAGCGUUGAGCUUUGACUGGAGCAGAUCAGCCUUAAAAAGUCUCUGUGACAUCGACUCAGCCAGCAUUUAGCCGCAGCUAUAGGUGUUACAGUUUGGGGGAGUGGCCUGUUCAACUGGGAGGAGCUUGUUAGUCACAAUUAGAUCAUGCACGCCUUAAAAGUUACCUAAAGCUAGACAGCAGCAUAGUUUUCUGCCUGUGAUGACUCGACAGUUUGAAGUAGCGAGCUCUGGAGGGAGGAGCUUGUGGAUACAUAUGGGAGGGGCCUGUGGGAGUGGCUUAUGUGCAUGAGGGCGGGGCUAAUGAGCCACAGCGGAAUCAGGUUUGCCUUAAAAGGUCCCAUAAGCAAGACCAAGAAAGAUUUCAGCAAGGGUUUCCGUGGAAUCAGGCAAAAGACGAUGUGGACAGUGAAGCGGAGUGUUUUGCCUAAAAAUGUUCAUCUUUGGAAUCGAUUUGGAGUUUGCUGCUAUCUCAAACACAAGGACACACACACACUGAGCGUUAGGGGGCGGAGCGUCCUGUUAGGCGGGCGGAAAUGUUGUCGGGCGGGGAUCAAUGUGUUUGUUUAAAGAAGUCAGGGUG